CGGCGAUCCAUCAAGGCUCUUAAAGGGGCCGCGGGUUUUUUCUUCCCUUUCCUCCUCCGAGGGUUGCAGGAAACAGAGGAGGUUAUUAUUGCAGACAAUAAAAGGGCUUGCCUUAAAACAAGGGGCAGGAGUCCCUGGGCUGCUUGGAGGGGUCUUGCAUUUAGUCUCAACCGCUCUGCUGGGUCUUUGGGCAGGAUUUGCAGGGAAGCCCCCAUUUCCACCCAGAAACAGCAACAAGAAGAAGAAGGAGAGGAAAGAGCUGCAAAAUGAAGGAAGAGAACAUUUUCCUCUUCGUCCCCAACAUCAUUGGAUAUGCCCGCAUAAUCUUCGCUUUUUUCGCUUUCUAUUUUAUGCCAACAUCUCACCUGACGGCAUCGUUCUUCUACCUGCUGAGUGGUUUCCUGGAUGCCUUUGAUGGCCAUGCAGCCCGGGUCCUUAACCAAGGCACCCGCUUUGGCGCCAUGUUGGACAUGCUGACUGACCGCUGUGCCACUAUGUGCCUUUUGGUGAACCUAGCUAUGCUCUACCCUGAAUCUGCCCUCUGGUUCCAGCUCAGCAUGAGCCUGGAUAUUGCCUCCCACUGGCUCCAUCUUCACAGUACAGUGGUGAAAGGUGGCGAGAGCCACAAGAGCAUCGAUUUAUCUGGGAACCGGAUCCUGCGAGUGUAUUACAGCUCCCGGCCCGUUCUCUUCAUUAUGUGUGCUGGUAAUGAACUCUUUUACUGCAUGCUGUAUUUGCUGUGUUUCGGUGAAGGACCAGAAAUUCUACCAGCCCACGUUGGUCUCUAUCGCUUAGUGCUGUGGGUCUGUGCCCCCAUCGCUAUCAUCAAGAGUCUCAUCAGCCUAAUCCACUUGGUCUCUGCUUCGUGCAAUAUGGCUGCUUUGGAUGCUGCAGAACGAGCAAAGAGGAAAUAGCAUUUCCAGGUUAUGGUGUAGGGCUGGGAGCAAAAUGCCCCUCACCUCCAGUGGGACCAGCUACCAACCCUCACCACAAUGGGAUGAUGCUUUGCCUCAGAUUAGUCACUCCAGUUGUGCAGUUCAUACUUGAUGUGAUGACCCCUGUCUUCCCAUAAUACUUCGUGGUCUGUGUGGGAUGAUGGGUUAGGUCCAGCUCCUCCUGGCUUCCUCCUUCACCCACAUAAUAUUAUACAUUGUUGAGGAGAAAAGUAGCUGGUGAAGAGAAAUUUGCCUCAAGCUUGGGUUGAAAGGGAGGAAUUUGGUCCACCAUUUAUUUUGAAAGGCAGCUAAAUAGACUCAUUUUCAAGAUUUCAAACUUUGCAUCACACUGCUGGUGUAUCUCUGGAGGGGAACCAAAUUCACCCAGAGAGAAGUCCUCUUCAGCCCCACCUGAGCCUUUUGUUGUUGUUUUUCUAAACUGUGCAAGAGUGUUUAUCUGAGAAGGACAAAAUAUCAUUCCCAUAAUUCUCCAACUAUAUCUGGGCCAGGUCAGGGAGUAGAUCAACUGUUUGCCCAUUGUUUACUUCUGACCAUACUAACAUAGAUAUUUAAAACAGAUUAUCUUGUGUCCUUAUGAAGUGCUGCUAUUGGGGCUUGAAGUUUAAUUAUCCCCUUAGGAUUCUCUCUGGCUCUUUAGUUUACCCUGUGUGUGUCCAUUUUAGCUGAUGGCCCAAGCUGUCUUGGCAGAAAUGUAAGGAGCAGUAUGCAUGGCCAGAGGGAAACACCUGUUUGGAGCAGCCUUCUCCCAACAAUGCUUUGCUUUUGAAGUAUAUAUUGCUUAGCCCAGUCACCAUCAGCUGUUUUUGCUACACAAAUCUAAAUGGUGAACUUAGGAGAGGCCAUAUUAGUGGCCUCGAUAUUGAAACAUUAUUCUCCUGGCUUGUCUGUUUGCACAACGUUUCCCAUACUUUUGCACAUAAUUUCAAGAUGACAGUUGCAAUCUGAUGUUCCUCUUUUCCUCAAUCAUGCUUUUAUGCUCUUGGAGAAGUGCAGUACAGCCAUAAUAUUUGAUAAAUAAUGACAAAGUUUAAUGUCCAUAUUAUUUAGCCUGACUUGUUUAUUCUUUCUUCCACUAAAGUAGGUGGGAAUCAUUUGACAUCGUAGAUGUUGUUGUACUGAAACUCCAGGCAGCCUCAGCCAGUGUAACCAAUGGUGAGGGAUGCUGAGAGUUGCAUCCAACAUCUGGAGGGCUGCAUGAUUCCCACCCUGAAGUAAACCUUCGGUUGCCAUGAAAUUCAUUUAAGAGGAGAAAGAUAUUUUCCCCUACAAGAUAUCUCAGUACCCUGGCAUAGCAGGAGCCUCAUCCUCCAUACUUGUUUUCCUUUCAUUCCUUUUUCCUGACCCACCUUUGUACAUGUUACUAUAUUACUUUGUAGUUCUGUUUUCCAUGUGUGGUUUUCAUCAAGGAUGGCUAAAUUUACCAUUGGUAGGGUGGCCAUUUAGAUAUACCUAUCACUCUCUCACCUCUCCAAAAAAGCCAGAUUAUUACAUUUGCAAUAGGACCUAGGGAACUGAUGCAAUAGAGGAGUGGGAAAGAGAUUAUUGUGCUGAGAGGUAACAUGUUUAUCAUCUGAUUUGACACUUGAGAUUUGGCAGCUGUAUAGAAGACCCCCCCUCCCGUGUAAUGAGUUGCCAUUCAUGUGUUCAUAUAAUAAGCCAAACUGUAUUACCUUGCCACAGAAGCAGUUCUACUAAAGGAGGGGUGAAGGCACACAUGUAUUUUGAGUUAAGAGACCCACUUGCCUCCCUGCAAUGUCCCACACUGUCUCCUGCAGGUUUGGGAUCAGUGUUACCUUACCAGUACUACCUUCACAGUGUCACUGCCAACACCCUCAGAACCCCAAAUUGUGUGUAAUUUAUACAUAAGUUUUUACCAAUUUGAGAUUUUGGUGUAAUAAGAGCUCUCUCUCUCUCUGCAGAGUGGGAUUAGCUGUAUGUAAUAAAGACCAUCUGUAUCACCAUCUAAUUACAUGUCUUAAUUUAGUUGUCUCUGGGGUAAUGGUUUAUAUAAGAACUUUGAAGUAUGGCAGAGAGAAGUGUGGGUGUUGUUUGACCGCUGUUUCUCGCUCAAAAUUGAACUGCAUUUUGGAUAUUGUCAAGACUGACAGAAUGCAGAGCUUAAUGCUCUGAUCAAGAAAAAGACAAUCUUCAGGCUUGCUGGAUCAAUGCUGGUUACUAGUACCAACCAGAGCAAAAUGCAAAAAACAUAUAUUCGAUCUGUUUACACUGUUAUAUCAAUUUCAUACAACUUAAAUUGUCAUGGACACAUCCUAAGGGAAUUCUGGGAUUUGUAGUUUGAUGAAGUACUGAGAAUUCUCUGGUAGAUUGCUCUAGGCCAGCAGUUCUUAACCACUGAUCCUCCAUAUCGUUUGAACCCUUGCUCUCUAAUUCCCUGAUCAUUGUUCAUACUGAUGGGGACUUUGGGAGUUGAAAUGGCAAAUAUCUGUGGGACCAAAGGCUGAGAAUCACUGUCCUUAUCUACAGUACUUCCUUCCUGAACCAUAGUUCCCAAGGUACCUGGAGAAGAGAGGGACUGAGGAUUCAAUCAGUCUAAAGCUAUAGUUAUGAGAGACACUCAAGGUAUGUGAAGUGCAGUGUUGUGGAUCCCAGUUCUUUAGUUGCCCUUCCAACAACACUAGUGGAGGCUCAUUUAAAGUGAGGAAAGGAUGGUGGGAAUGUGUGAGGGAAUCUCAAGUGCAUGGGAUCUGGGCAAUCGAGUCAAGGCGCAUGCCCCUGAAUGCUGUGGGGUGGCCUUAAUCAAACUGGGCUCUCUAAAUGGAUGGCAACUCCAAAUACAUCCACUUGGUUUACCCAUUUCAAUGAGGUGAGGGGGUGGUGUUGGAUUGUACUACUUCAGAAUACUGGCAUGUGAAUAUACAGUUGGAAGCUCAUCUUGUACUCUCCCUUGUAUUUAUUUAUAUUUUAAAUGAAACACCCCAUUAAAACACCUAGAGCUUAGCAAGAAGCAUUCUAAUGAAGCCACCUUCCUAUCAUAUUUUUCCAAGUUUUUUUUACUUCUGGUGUUUGUUUGUUUGUUUGUUUGUUUUUCUGCCCAUAAUGAUGCUUAUAAGUGGCAUUAUCCAGGACCCCUUUCACCAUUUGGCAGGCCAGCAGUGUGAGUUUUCAAAUAUCUUUUUCUUUGAAAACUAUAUUUUCCCUUCUACCUGUGACUUGCUUAGCCUACAUUCUCUCUUUUGGGAAUUUGCAAAUCUCAUGGCUAAAACCUCUAACCUAAUUUCUUUUGUCUUCCAUAUUCCCUCUGGCCUGCCAAUUCCCCACUGAUUUUUUUGGGGGG